AUGCAGGAGUGUCAAAAUGCGCAGACGCGCGAGCGGGCGCACGCCGGCCGGCGCGCUCACGCCGUGGGGGCGGGGCACCGAGGACGCUGGCGUAGGGCGGGGCCAGGCGCAGUUCCCACGCCGGCCGCGGCGCCCGGAAGUAAUGUGUCAGGGGACUCCGCGGGGCGGAAGCCGCGCGUAAGUGGAGGUAGUGGCGCCGCCGGGGCCGGGGACGCUGCUGUAGCUGUUGCUAGACGACGCGAACUAGCCUUCGUCACUUCCUUCGCCCGCCGUCUGCCCACUGCCCAGGCCGGAACCCAGGGGCCCGGAGCCGGGGUGGGCGCAGGCUCGUCCUCCGACGUCCAGGAGAGCAGCCAGCUGGGCAGCUGGAGUGAAGGCCACGCCACCUGCAGGGAAGAAUCCGAGCCGAGGCGGGAAGAUGGCUGCAGACAAGCCUGCAGGUGA